CAGACUCAGCCACACUUUCCCUGCCGCUAUCGAAAGCUUGAAACUACAUCUGCAGGCUCUACUAAUAGCUAGGGAUUUCAAGCUUUCGAUAUGUCCUCCUCGAACCCGUCAUGGCAUACGAUUACGAUCCGCAUCCCAUUUGAAUCGGAAAAGCAUGCAUCCAUAGCGAAGCAAGUCAUUGAAGUAGACAGAGAGCUGCAACCUCAAGCAGUUCUACGAGAGUUGUCGGUCGAGAACGACAUUCUCAUUGCAACCUUCAAGACGUUGACCGUCAGGCUCAGCAGGUUGACAGUCAAUGCGUUCCUCGAAAACGUCGAUCUCGUCAUCCGAACUCUCGCCGAGUUCGGCGAGGACGCAGAAAAGGGUACAGCAGCAUAGAGCUCAAGUAUACAUUCUUCGCGGCAAGAGAUUGACAUCACUUCUUGUCCUCCCGCAGCGGCUGCGUCAGCAGUUCCUUCAACUCCGCAUCCUCGAGCUCCUUUUCCGUCUUGACGAGGUCCGCCUUGUACCACACCGGCGGAUGCGUGACCAGGGCGGGGCCGGCAGGAAGCAAUGCGAUCGUGAAGUGGAAGCCCGCGACGAACGUGUUCGAGGGCGUGUAGCUGGGCGAUGUAUGCCGAUCAGAUCCAAUCGAGAAGCGAUUUACGCGAGUGCA